AUGGAACAACCUCAGUUCUGCACCGCCUACGCGCAUAGUGAUGGCCACUAUGGCCUACAAUACUACGACGACAGCCUCUUGCAGCCCUCCUCAGCGUACGACGAUCCUAUCGCGUACACUGGUGAGUCUGCAGGUGACCACUACCCUUCUUCCUCGUCGACGGCGUGGGCAUCGUCGUCAGGCGCCGCCACACCCUCCAUCCACCACCACCACCACCACCAACAGCAGCAGCAGCUACAUUUUGGCGGCGGCCGCGUUGAUGAACACUACAGCUACCAGGAGGAUGGCACGGGCGUGGUGGACAUGGAACAGAUCAGCGCUCUCAUGGGAGCGGCCUGCAUCUCCACCAACACACCAGCUGCAUACUCCUCGUCGGCGUCAACGACGACAACGACGACGACGGCGACGAUGCAACCCAGCGCCGUCCACGGGCCGAGCCCCUGCGGCUUCGGCCACCAGCAGAAGGCGGCGGCCGACGCGCCACUGAUUGGGGUGCGGAGGCGGCCAUGGGGCAGGUUCGCAGCGGAGAUAAGGGACUCGACGCGCAAUGGCCAGCGCGUGUGGAUCGGCACCUUCGACACCGCGCAGGCUGCCGCGCUCGCCUACGACCAGGCCGCCUACUCCAUGCGCGGCUCUGCCGCGGUGCUCAACUUCCCCGUCGAGCACGUGCUGGAGUCGCUGCGCGCGCUGGGGAUCCGCGGUGACGCCGCCGGCGAGGGGGACUCGCCGCCGCUGGCGCUGAAGCGGCGCCACUGCAUCCGUAAGCGCUUGCACAGGAACAAGAAGGCGACCGGCGGCAAGGAACAGAAGGUGCCAAAGCAGCAGGGAGCUGCGGCUUCUUGCGUGCUGGAGCUGGAGGACCUUGGGGCGGACUACUUGGAGGAGCUGCUCGCCACGUCAGAUCGUCAAUGA